AUGCAUUUCUUCAGUCUCGCUCUUCUUUUUGCUGGGGCCAGUGCGGCAGCCAUCAAGGGCCGCGCUGAAGAUGGUCAGCUCGACUACCUCACCGUCCGUCAAGUCACCUCUGAUACGACGUUGACUGCCACUGUCACAAACUCGGACGGUUCAACAGGCACCAUCACGGCAACCUUCACCAACACUGUCCCUGCCUCAACCGUUACCUCUACCGCCCUUUCCACCCAGACCGUCAGUGACAUCAGCACCACGACCGAAUCGGUAACCAGUAUCCAGACUGUCUCUGACGGGACCACCGAGACCAUUACAUCCACUGAAACACAGACCCUGAUCGGCGAUCCAGGUCAAAUAGUCACCAGCACUGAGACUGAGACCAUCACGGACGGCAGCACUCAGACGGUCACUAGCAGUGGGACCGAGACCGCCACCAGCACCGAGACCGCCACCGACACAGAGACCGUCACCCUCACCGAGACCCUGACCAGCACCGAGACCAUGACCAGUGGCUCUACAUACACCACCACCCGAACCUCCACGGAAACCACAACUCAGACAGUGCGACGCCCACGACCAACCUUUGGAGCUGGACCACCAUUCCGCCGCCCCUAUCGGGUUGCUAAGUAG